CAGGAGCCCCUCUGUUUUCUUUGAGGUGGCAAGUGCUGGGGGCAGCGACCUGCUCUGACCCUGGGACAGCGGGGAGCUGCCCCUGCCUGGCGCUGGUGGAGGCAUGGUGGUGGCAGCGCCAGGCACCUGGCCAGAGGCUUGAGGAAGGGAGGCUAUGGAGCCCCAGCACCUGAGGAUGUCGGGCAGAGUGUCUCCUGCCCUGGAAAAGAGCAGCAGCAUUGGGCAGACAGGCGAGACGAAAGCUGGGGCACAGCCGUCGGACAGCGUCAGUGUCCAGGGUGUCUCCUACACCAUCAGAGAGCGUGUUGGCCCAUGGUGGAACUUUUCUUUAUAUUGUAAAAAAUGGACCCGGCAAAUACUUAAGGAUGUUUCGUUUCACAUAGAGAGUGGCCAGAUUAUGGGGAUUUUAGGAAAUUCUGGAUCUGGGAAAACAACACUUCUGGAUGCAAUAUCAGGAAGACUGACAUAUAAAGACAGCUUCUUUGGUGAAGUGUAUGUGAAUGGACGUCAGCUGAAGAAGGAACAGUUUAGAGAUUGCUUCUCUUAUGUACCACAGAGUGACACUUUGUUAAGCUUUCUCACCAUACAAGAGUCUUUGACAUACACGGCUUUGCUAACUCUUAAGAAAUGCUCCAACAACUUCAUCAAAAAGAAGGUAGAUGCAGUCAUGACUGAGCUGAGUCUCAGCCACAUGGCUGACAAAAUUAUUGGAAGCCAUAAUAUCGGAGGAAUUUCUGGGGGUGAGAGGCGUCGGGUAUCGGUUGCAGCCCAACUAUUACAAGAUCCCAAGGUUAUGCUACUUGAUGAGCCAACGACAGGGCUGGACUGCCUGACUGCAAACCAGCUGGUCUUGCUUCUCUCAGAGCUUGCACACAGAGACAGGAUUGUGAUUCUUACAAUUCAUCAGCCUCGCUCAGAACUCUUCAGGUUAUUUGACAAAAUAGCCAUCAUGAGCUUUGGAGAAAUGGUUUUCUGUGGGAACCCUAUGGAAAUGAUCACAUUUUUUAGUGACUGUGGCUAUUCUUGUCCUGAACAAUCAAAUCCUUUUGAUUACUUUGUGGAUCUGACAUCUGUGGACACCCGAAGCAAGGAACGUGAACUCGAAACCUACAGUAGGGUUCAGGAAAUUGUAUCAUCCUACAAAAACUCGGAGAUUUUCAGCAAAGUACUGACAGCCAUUGAAAAAACAAAGUAUAUGAAAGACCUGCCACCAAUACCACUUAAAAAUAAAGACUCACCCAGUACCUUUUACAAAAUAUGGGUUCUUUUACGGAGGACAACAAGAAACUUCUCCAGAGACAAGACAGGCAUCAUCAUGCGUCUCCUCCAGAAUCUGUUGUUUGGCUUGUUUAUAGCCUUUUUCCUUCUUAGACUGAAGAAUGACCUGGUAAAAGGAGCUGUGCAGGACCGCGUGGGGCUUGUCUACCAGUGCGUGAGUGCCCCGCCCUACACAGGGAUGCUCAAUGCUGUUGCCCUUUUCACACCUUUACGUGCUAUCAGCGACCAAGAAAGCAAAGAUGGCUUGUAUAAGAAGUGGCAAAUGCUUGUAGCUUAUAUAGUACAUUUCCUGCCCUUCAGUGUUAUCAGCGUGGCAAUUUUCAGCGUCUUUAUAUACUGGACUAUAGGGUUGUAUCCUGAUGCUUCCAGAUUUGGAAUUUUCUUUGCUGCUGUUCUAGCAUCUCAUAUAAUUGGUGAGCUACUAACACUAGUUAUACUUGGCAUGGUUCAAAACCCAAAUAUAGUCCAAAGUGGAGUGGUGCUACUUAAUUCAGCUGGUGUGAUAGUGGGAACAGGACUAGUAAGGACCAUCGAAGAAAUGCCAACACCUUUUAAACUACUCAGUUUUCUUACCUUUCAAAAAUACACCAGUGAAGUUCUUAUAGUCAAUGAAUUUUAUGGCUUAAACUUCACAUGUGGUGGAGCCAACAGUUCCACUGCAAAUAAUGCUGCAUGUAUUUUCUCUCAAGGCGUUCAGUUCAUUGACAAAAACUUCCCUGGUGCCUUGUCCCGGUUCACAAUCGAUUUCCUAAUACUCUAUGCUUUUCUACCGGUACUUGCCAUUAUAGCAAUUCUAAGCUUCAAAAUAAGAGAGAGAAUUGUUGACAGGCAAUAAAAAGGUAGGAGUUCCAACAAUGUCUAAUGCUACACUUGUAACUCUAUUAUGGCCAAAGGCUUAAAUUAUUGGAUUUUAGAUAGUAUUUAAGUGAUUACACAUUUGUUUCCAUCUUGAAAAACAAUGUUCUCUUAAGAGUGUGACUGGCUUCCAGAUAUUGGUAUUCCCACUCCUGUCCCAGAUCAGCCAUAAUCAACAGUAUUUCAUGUUUUAAAGGACUUUUUGAAUUUAAUUUUGUUAGCUGUUGCUGACAAUUUCUUAACAACAUAGCAGUGGUGCUCUAAUUUUUUUCCUCAUUAUUUUGGUUUUUAACUAUUACCAAUAAGCAGAGGGGUACAACUGCUAGUAAAUCUCAUUUCUAGAAUUGUAUUUUAAGUCCCAUGCUUUGUUUUGAUACCAUUUUAGGGAUUUGUAGAAAGGAAACAAACAAAAUACAUGUAAAGACAGAAUGAAGAGGUCACUCCACUUUAAUCUUACACACACUAUACAACCAAUGAGUGCAGAUCUUGUAGCAGUAUCAAAGUUACCCAACAUGUUUUUGCCUUGUGAAUGAUGGUAAAUCAGUGAAGACAGUUAUUUAUAUCUAUUCCUUCUUUCAAGUUCUAAAUCUUGUUUUCGAAAGCAGUUUGUGAAUUACUAGAAAACAAAUUUGUUUAAUAAGGUUUUGGUUUUGUUCAAUAAAAUGUCAAUUAACUAGGCAAAAAUCAUAAAAGUUGUUUGUCAGUUCUUGGAAGCAAUGUCAUUUUUGUCUUCGGAAAUUAUUCUUGUGGGCCUCUCAAAAUUGAAAGCAUAAGAGACACAGAAUUCCUACAUUUUGUAACUUAUUUUCAUGUUCAGUGAAGAAAUUAUUUUUUGCAGAGGGAUUGCUAGAGAUUUCUUCAAGUAUAUUCGUAUCUUAAAAUUCCAUAAUUACGUAAUUAGUUUUAUAUGAUAGUUUUGAGAUGAGGCACUUCGUAAUGAAGAAUUUUAAAUCCAAUCCUCAAGGUAAUGCAAUAUUUUCACUUAAGUGUGAGGCCAAGAUUUUUUUCUAAUAUCUUUAUGUAUAACAUUCUGAGAUACAAAAGUUUUAUCAGAAAAACACUUGGUGAAAAAAUAUGUUAAAAAUAACAACUGACAUUAAAGAGCUGGAAAGACACCACAUUAAAACUAAUGUGGUCAUGUGGUCUCUCCCAUUUUUAUGUGCAUGUAGGGUUGAUCCGGUCUGCCAAGUGACUGUUCAGACAUCUACUCUCUGACAAGUCUUGGCUCUCAAGAGACUCCUCUGGCUUUAUUCUAGAUUGUCUUGUGUAUUCUCAAAACACUCAGUCCAUCUCAUUUUGUCCACGGACAAAAACCAUACCUAGUUUACACUAGGAUUUCACAAACUUAGGCUGAAUGUGAAUCCAUAACAGCUCCAGCACUAGCCAAAUAUCUGUCAAAUUAAUUAGAUGACUUCCUAGCAUUUGAAUAUAUGACAGAAAUGUCCAUCUUCUAAACUCUGUGCAAAGUUAUUACAACAUUUUACUUUCCAAGACAUAAUUCCUGUAUUAAGCUAUAUGAUUUUGAAACAGAGAUCUGGAUCCAGGUCAAAGAAUGUUUUACACUUUAUUCUGCCAGGUUUUUAUUUAUUUAUUCAAAUACAUCAAACAAUGAAGCAGGUAUUUCUUAAGGUUUGCUUUUGACUUAUACAUGCAAAGAACUAGAAAAAGAUGCCCACCACACUCUACUACAGUUUCAUAUUUUGGGUGUGAAAACUUGUUUAUAUUUAAAUACAUGUUUAGGGCAGAAGUAUUUAAAAAUAAACCAAAUAAUGUGUUAUAAAAUAGGUAGAACUGACUAAUGCCAGUCUUUAUGUUCAAACCCAUCCGUGAGCAAUCUAGAAUUCUUGUCUCCCCACUUUUUAAAACUGUGCCAGUGCCGAGAUUCACAAAUUUGGACUGAAUGAACAG